AUGGCUCAAGCAACAGUUGUCAUGAAGCAAGGAUUUACGUUAAUGAAGCAGGCUGCAGGGCAGAUGGCUCAUUUAUAUGGUCAAAUGGUACAUACGAUGAAGACCAAUGUAAUCCUACGACCGAUGUACAAGUGGUGGGAAGGAAGAUUUUGGCUCAAGGAAGAAUCGUGUUAUUUAAACCGUGGUCGUGCCAGAUUGUAUACGUAUUUGUUGAUAUUCUUGCUCAUUCGAUCGCGAAGUGCAAAAAACAAAGCUGAAACUGAGGCGCUGAAAGUGCAAAGCAAGGAGCAAAUCAUUGCGACGGCUUUGCGGUGCAGCGCACGAUGAUCUUAAUGAGUGUCUUAUUUUUGAUAGAUAUUCUUUAGAUGAUUAAUUUGCGUUUGCUGAUUUGAUUGUGUGCUAGCAUAAAAAGCAAAUCUUUAUUGCAGCUGGAAUAAAAUAUCUAUAUAAACUGCUUCUGUGACAAAAGAUAAAGUGAUGCGAAAAUCCAUUUUAAAACCA